AUGAAUACUAUAAUUCCUGAAGUAUUACCAAGUUCCAUUCCUAUUCCUGAGUUCGUUGUGACAUCUUUCUCAUACACUCUAUACUUUCUUCAUUUAGUGUUGAAUAGAGUACCUGGCGGACAUUAUGUCACAAGUUAUUUGAGUAAAUCUACUCAUGAUGAUCCAUAUAGAACUGCCGUGGAAAUAGGUUUGAUCCUUUAUGGUAUCUACUACUACUUAUCUAAGCCACAGCAAAGGAAGGGAUUGCAAUCAAAUAGACCAAAUUUAACACCUGCUGAGAUUGAUAAUCUCAUUGAUGAAUGGGAACCUGAACCAAUUACUGAUGCCGCGGAAACCCGUGAUUUCUGGAGAUUAGCUAAGAUUCCAGUGGUAAUUGGCUCUGGUGCUAAUAAUUACAUUAAUUUUACCCGUGAUAACGAUAAAGAAAGAUUCGAAAAUGUCUUCAAUUUAACUUCAAUGAAUUUCUUACAAUUAUCAAAGAAAGACGAAGUCGUUCAAGUUGCAAAACAGACGAUAAAGAAUUAUGGUGUUGGUGCAUGUGGUCCUGCAGGUUUUUAUGGUAAUCAAGACGUUCAUAACAAUCUUGAAUACAAUUUAGCCAAAUUUUUCAAUACUGAAGGUGCCGUCUUAUAUGGUCAAGAUUUCUGUGUUUCUCCAUCUGUUAUUCCUGCUUUCACUAAGCGUGGUGAUGUGAUCAUUGCUGAUAAUCAGGUUUCCCUUUCGUUACAAAACGCAUUACAAUUAAGUAGAUCCACAGUUUACUAUUUUGAACAUAAUGACAUGGAACAUCUAGAUGCUAUGCUAACUGAGAUAAAUGAAUCAGAAAAGAGGGAAAACUUACCUGCAAUUCCAAGAAAGUUUAUUGUUACUGAAGGUAUUUUCCAUAACUCUGGUGAUAUUGCUCCUCUACCAGAUUUAGUUAGAUUAAAAUUGAAACACAAAUUUAGAUUAUUUGUUGAUGAAACUUUAUCAUUAGGUGUCUUAGGUAAGACAGGUCGUGGUUUAACUGAACAUUUCAACAUGGAUCGUGCCUCUUCGGUCGAUAUCACUGUCGGUUCCAUGGCUGUGGCCCUUGGUUCAUCAGGCGGUUUCGCACUUGGUGAUAAAGUCAUGUCAAACCAUCAACAUAUCGGUUCUAACGCUUACUGUUUCUCUGCCUGUUUACCUGCCUACACUACAACUGCCGUUUCUAAAGUUUUAGAAAUCAUGGAUAAUGAUAAUUCUGCUGUAUCGAAAUUACAAAGAUUGAGUAAAUUAUUAUUCGAUAAAUUUAAUAAAAAUGAAAAGAUCAAAAAUUUUUUUGAAAUAAUUUCUGAUGAAAAUUCUCCAAUCUUACAUUUAAAAUUAAAUGACCAAUUCAGAUCAAAUGUGUUUGGUUACACGCAAGAAUUAUUAUAUGAUACAAUGGUUCAAUUACAAAAGAAGAGUGUUACCAACAAAUAUUUCGAACCAAGUGAGAUGGAGGAAAAAUUUUUGCAAGAUAUUGUGGACGAUACCCUUAAGACAUGGAACGUACUAAUAACCAGAAACAUAAUCAUUGCUAAACACGAAACGUUACCUAUUGUUCCAAGUUUGAAAAUUUGUUGCAAUUCUGAAAUGACUGAAGAAGAAUUGACAAAAGCUUGUGAUAACAUAGUUGAAUCCAUGGUCAGCUUAUGCUCUACUCAAGCUUAA